CAGAUGCGCUUUCCGCCGCUAUGGGACAGGCGUUUCUCCUUCUGCUGUGCUGUCUUGUAACCACUGCCCGUCCUCGGGAUGUGUCGGCGGAGGGAGUCGCUUCUCGCCCAGAAGAAUUCGCCCCGCUGUCCGUACAGUGGGAACAAGAGGCCGGGGAAGAGGGAGCCGGUCGCUGCCGCUUGUACCCUACAGCUCCGGGGCUCCCGGACGAUGCGGAGACCUCUCCGUCGCCACCGGCCACUCGGGAACUGCUGCUACACAUACCGGAGGGGUUGGCCGAGGGAGCGGCCGUGGCCGUGGUGGAAGCACCGGGGCCGGGCGUGGAGUGCCGGCUGGAGGCAGGACCGGGCGGCGGCAGCUUCGGGCUGCGGCGGGCAUCGGGAAGCAGAUUCACGUUGGUGACCCGUACCGUUCUGGACCGGGAACAGCGGGCCGAGUACAACCUGACGCUGGUUACCGAGAACGGCAGCUGGAGCGGGCGCCCCGCCAGCCUCACCAUUCGGCUGAAGGACGAGAACGACAACCCGCCAGUUUUCCAUCAGAGCGCUUACCGGGCGCUGGUGAUAGAGAACGAGCCCUCCAACCGCACCAUCCUGACGGUGGCGGCGUCGGACCGGGACUCGGGCGCCAACGGGCGAGUCACUUACUCCAUCGUGAGCCCGGCGGUGCCGUGGCCACUCGCCGUGCACCCGACCACCGGCGCCAUCUACUCGGUGGCGCCGCUCGACUACGAGCGCGCUCAGCACCUGGACCUGGUGGUGGAGGCGCGCGACGGCGGGCACCCGCCCGCGCGCGCUACCGUGCCCGUCCGCCUGGAUGUGGGCGACCUCAACGACAACAGCCCGAUGUUCACGGCGCCGGUAGAGCGUCGGCUGACGGUGGCGGGAGUAGGCGGCGGGUGCGCUAACGGGGAGCCGCCGGGUGGACGGGGCCUGCUGCUGCCGGUCACGGUGGUGAAAGCGGUGGACGCCGACUCCGGUCGCAACGGGGAGCUGGUGUACGAGUUGGCGGCGGAAGAAGGCGACGGGAGCGGCGUCUUCCAGCUGGACAGCGGCGGGGAGCUGCGAGUCAACGUGUGUGGGGUCAGCCACCUGCUGGAACGGGAGUGGCGGGCGACCGUGCGAGUCCGUGACCGGGGCACCCCCAGUCGUUCGGCCAGCACUGUCCUGACUAUCUCAUUCGUGGCGGCGGCGACCAGCGCGAGUCUCGGCCGGCCAGUGUUGACCGGCAUCGCCCUGGGCGCCGUUUGCGGGACAAUACUGCCAGUGCUGCUGGUGUGGUGGGCGGUUUGCGGUAGGCGGCGGCGGCGGAGGGACGGCGGCGCCUACAAUUGUCGGCGGGCCGAGACCGACUAUCGGCAGCAGCCCCGCCGCCCCGAGCGCCGGAUCCAGAAGACCGACAUCACUCUGCUGCAGCGUUCCCGCAUCGAGCCGACGGAGCGCCAGCCGGACGUCCCGUGUCCCGUCCCCCGCGGGGAACCGGAUCCCCGGCACCGGCAGCUGCUGCGGGAGCUCGUCCGAUUGUCCCGGGCCGGUUGCCCCGAUGGCUAUCUGGAACUGGCCGCCGGCUCUCCGCACGUCCAGCAAAUCUCCCAGCUGCUCUCCCUUUUACAUCAGGGACAGUUCCAGGCCAGGCCAAACUUUCGCGGAAAUAAAUAUUUAAAAAACUACAGGGCAGCAACGCCUGAAGCAGACAGAGGCAGCCUCAAGGACAGCGGGCAGGGGGAGAGCGAGGAAGGGGAGAGCGACAGCGACGGAGGAAGGACAUCGCCCAUCGACCAGCUGCUGGAGGACGGGCUGACUGAGCUGCUGGCCGGCGGGAGCUGGACGUCACCGACAGGGCUGACAGCGGGAGGGAGCGGAGCAGACAGGCUGAGCCUCGAGGACCUGUGCUGGACAUUGCCCUUGACACUGCCCUCUUCUGACUACAAGGAGAAUGUGUUCAGCCCCGAGUCCAUGGAGGCAGGGGGCACCGUGGACGGAGAGAAGACCGUGUUCUCUACCUUUGGCAAAGGCGGGGCAGACCACGACUCUGGUGCGGGAUCAGGCUCUGGCUCGCUCCUGACCGAGAUGGGUGCCCUCUUCCAACAGCUGCUCUCGCAGAAAGCCGAGACGUAUGGACAGCCUGGCCCUGACCUCCUUCGCAGACUCUCUGCCCGCUGGAGCGUGCUGUGUGAGGGGGAGAUGUCCUCGGGCCGCUGCAGGGGCAGCCGCCUCCCUGGACUGCCGGAAUCGCCAGCACAGGGAGCUGGAUCUGAGUAGCAACUCCAGUGACGGUCUCAGCAGUCAUUCAUGGAAGAGGAGGGAGAAUCCUUGGAACAGAUUGGAUCUGUUUCUGGUAAUAUCUCCCCAUCAGUUUCUUCAGACGCCGGAUGAUGACCCUCCACACAUUUGGCUACUUUGAUCAUCAACGUGGUUGUUCACCAUCUCCCCAGGAGGUCACUGGAAGUUCUCCCUCCACCACCAGCCGAGGGCUACUAUCCAGAACACCAUUCCUUACCUCCCAGGACAGGACCAGUAUGGCUCCUCUGCUCAGUCCCAGGACCAACGAUCGUCUUGGGUACACUCACAGGAUAAAUAUUUCACACUGAACUUCUCUGACUGAUGGCUAUUUCAAACUAUCUCAGUUAAAUAUAUUUUUCUAUACUAUUUAAUGAUUUAUUUCUGACCAGUGCCAAUAAUGUUAUAUAUUUUAUUUUCCAUCACUGUUUUAUUACUCAAGUUGACUAAUGUAUAUUUUGCUGUUAACAAUAAAAUCUGUGAUUUUUUUUUGUGGAAUUGAAUGGUGCACAGGUUUCUUGUGAAGCUGAGAAAAGCUGAUGGUGUCCACUAAUAUUACAUUAUUCCUUGCUAAUGACUUCUCUGGGUAAUACACACGAAUAGAAUUAGGUCCAUCGAGCCUGCUCCAUCAUUCCAUCAUGGCUGAUUUAUUAUCCCUCUUAACCCCAUUCUACUACCUUCUCCCCGUAACCUUUGAUGCACUGACUAAUCAGGACCCUAUCAACCUCCACUUUAAAUUUACCCAGUGACUUGGCCUCCGCAGCCUUCUGUGGCAAUGAAUUCCAUAGAUUCACCUCCCUUGGAUGAAGAAAUUUUUCCUCAUCUCUUCAAACUUCAGAAAUACAGGCCCAAAGCCAAACAUUCCUAAUAUGAUAACCCUUUCAUUCCUGGAAUCAUUCUCGUGAACCUCCUCUGGGCCCUUUCCAAUGCUAGCACACCUCUUAGAUAAUGGGUUCAAAACUGCUUGCAGUGCUCCACGUGAGGUCUCUCCAGUGCCCUAUAAAGUCUCAGCAUUAUACCUUUGUAACGGAAGGCUGACCAGUGUAAGGACGGGGCUAGGGAAGGUACUGAAAUUUAAAAUUAGAUCUAUGAUUGGAAAGCCAGAAAUAUAAUUAGCUUAUGCACACUCACAGAGGAACUCGGCAAGCCAGGCAGCAUUUAUGAAGAGGAAUAAAUAGUUAAUGGUUCAGGCCAAGACCCUUUAUGAAGAAACCUCUAGAAGGUGCAGGCUGAUGGACUAGGCAGAGUAACAAUUCGGCAUGGACUAGAUGGGCUGACGGGCCUAUUUCCUGUUUGACAUAAUUUCCAACAGUUACAUGUGUUUAUUGGGAUAAAUGUGUCCUGUUUACUGGAAAAAAUGCUUACUGGCAACUUCAAUAAUACCUGAUUGAAUCUGUGCAGACUAAUGCAGGGAGAUCAGUGCACUUUCCUCCAACAACAGGACAGACAGGCCACACUGCAAUGCACGGAGAUUGGCGUGCACUUUCCCCUAACACAGUCGGACAGGAGGCUCUGGCGGCUGAGAAUGAAAAAGAGUAGUAAGCCAUUGAGUAUCACACAUGCAUCUCUAAGCUAGAGGUUCCCAACCUUUUUUAUGCCAUCAACCAAUACCACUAAGCAAGAGAUCUGUUGGGAACGCGUGAUCCAACUCACGUUCCCAGGUUGGGAACUCGUACUCCAAACUAACAUCAAAGAUCCCCGCCAUCUUUUCACCGACAAUACACCUAGGCAACCAAUUAACCUACUAACUUGCAAGUAUUUGGAAUGUGGGAGGAAACCCACAGUCAUGGAAAGACGUAGAAACUCCUCACAGAGAGCGGUGAAGAUUGAGUCUGGGUCACUGGAGCUGUAAUAGUGAUAUGCUAACCAAGAGGCUACUGUGCCACCACACCAUUUUGUAGAAAUUGAGACAAUUUCUGCGCCUGUCAGCACACUUUCCAUUGUAUCUCUACAUAUGACAAUAAUCUUACCACAAGCACACACAGCUGGGUGAUAAAGAUUAUAAAGCCCAUGUCGGUAUAUCAAACCAGAUGUAACAUAUGCAACACACAUUAAAGUUGCUGGUGAACUCAGCAGGCCAGGCAGCAUCUCUAGGAAGAGGUAC